GGUAUGAGCGUGUGACCUAUUCGACUGCUUUUUCACAACUCCUAAAACACUUGCAAACAAAUCAUAACCAAGUGUGUACUUAAAUCCCUUUCACAAUAACAAAUCUAGGUUGACUUCAACAUACAAAAUCCCCUAUUAAUCCCUUCUACAAUUCCAACAUCUAACUUUUCCCCCAAAACCCCUCUAACCAGUAGGGUCCCUUAGGGUUUCUUGUUUUUGCUGUACAAAUUACAAAGGAAGGAUUUUUAGGUUUUUUUUUACACUACAUUGCAUCUUGGGUAUGGAGGAUUUGGACAAAAACAAGCUAUUUUGUGGUGGGAUUCCAAGGGAAACCACUGAGCAGAUGCUUAAGGAGCAUUUUUCUAAGUAUGGAACUGUGGUUAGCUCUGUUAUUGCUAAAGACCGUGAAACUGGUAGACCUAGAGGCUUUGCUUUUGUUUCCUUUUCUGAUUCAUCUGCAGUUGAUAAAGCACUCCAAGAUACCCAUGAAAUUCUUGGAAGAAUGGUAGAGGUGAAAAAAGCCAUACCCAGAAGUGAACAACACCAACAACAGAGUCAACAACAACAACAACAAAAUAGUAGGGGGUUGAAUUGGAAUAGUAGAACUAAUGGUAGAAGCAAUGAUCAGUUUAGGACCAAGAAGAUCUUUGUAGGGGGUUUAUCAGCUAACUUAACUAAGGAAGACUUCAAGAGUUACUUUGAAAGAUUUGGUAGGAUUACAGAUGUUGUUGUGAUGCAUGACAAUGUUACCCAUCGACCAAGGGGAUUUGGUUUUAUUACCUUUGAUUCAGAGGAUGCAGUUGAGGAGGUUAUGCAGAAGAAUUUCCAUGAGUUAAGUGGCAAGCUUGUGGAGGUGAAAAGGGCUAUACCAAAAGAUGAAAAUAGCAAUAGUAGUAAUGGUUAUCAUGCUAGAGUAGGUAACGGAAGUGGUUCUAACUAUAACGCUUACCAACAAGGGAUGUAUCCUUCUUACAGUCCUAGAUAUGUAUAUUGUUGUGGGCCUGUCUCAGGUUAUGGGAAUGUUGCGGGAUAUCCUUAUGGAGUUGGAACUUUUGGAGGUAAUUACCCUGCUGGAGCAUACCCUGGAAUUGGUUAUGGUAUCACUUCUUUGGUGCCGCCUAGGGGUCCUUGGAAUAACCCCACGAUGACCGGUCUGAGGGGAAAUAGUCCAUUGCCUUAUGGCAGUACCGGAGCAAUCUAUCCCACCUACAUAAAUGGUGGCAUCGGAGUGAUGGGUGUGGCUACUAAUGGAUAUGGAGGGAUUUUGGGUGCUGCGGUAAAUGAGAAAUCCGGUCAAGUUAUUAUUAGAGAUGUUCAAGGGGUGUCUGAUUAGGUGCCUAUACUAAUUAGAUGGGGAACUGUAGAUAUCAAUUCUUUUAUUCUGCUGGAAGCUUCAGUGCUGCUGCUACCAAACAGAGUGAAAAGGUAAUGAGGAGCAACUUAAGCCUUAUUAUGCUGGUCAUUCUAACCGACUGCUUGACUGAAUGUGGAUAUGAUGACAAGUUAGAGAUUCUCAUGCUGACCUAUUGAGGCUGUCUUCCGUCUUUUAUUCUCUUUUACUUUUAUGACUGUUGCGUGUGAUGUGCCUUUUCUUAUUUAAACUCAUUUACCUAGAUUCAGACAGCUGUAUUAUAAUCUUUUAAAGUUUAUAUUUCGCAUGUGUGCUGCCUCUGUUAUCAUUCUAA